CGGGGCCGGCAGAGCUGGGGGGUGCGGGUGUUUGUGUUGGAAAAUCCAACUGCGCCACUGGGCGGAGCGGCCCCCCCAGACCCCGCCAGGGAGACGGGGGGGCCGCUCGACCCCCAGGAGACUUUGGGGAGCCUGAACACCUGGGACCCUCCCACAACCAGGUUCCCCCCCCCAGGCACCAUGCCAGGCCGAUAGCACUAUCCACCCUACUGAGGUCUGCUACACCCCACUGCUGGGGUGCUGGUUCCAAUGAGACAGGGCACACCAAGCUCCAUCUGGCUGUUACUGAGGCGGAGACACGGGUGAUGAUUGGCUUUCUGGGGAGAGAGAAAGUCCUGUGAUUGGCUAGAUCUCUAGAGCUCACCAACGCUGCAAGAGGACGCUCCCACCCAGGCCGGUAUCGGCUGUGAAGGGUCAGGGGCUGCCAUCUGGGGACAGUGGGCACUCUUGUCAGAGUGGCUGGAGCCGGACCAUCCUCCCAGGGAGCUGGGGUAGGGGGCCGUGCUCGAUCUCCAGGGCUCCUGGGGCCGCUGCUGACCUGGCUGGAUGCAUCGGGCAGUGGACCCUCCAGGGGCCCGCGCUGCUCGGGAAGCCUUUGCCCUUGGGGGCCUGAGCUGCUCUGGGGCUUGGAGCUCCUGCCCACCCCAUCCCCCUCCUCGUAGUGCAUGGCUGCCUGGAGGCAGAUGCUCAGCCAGCGUCGGGCACCCCCCGAUCCCUGCUCCCUUACCCCCUUCACACAGCAGUAGCUCUGGGCACCCCAGCAAACCAUAUUAUGCUCCAGGGACACCUACCCCAAGACCCCUCCAUGGGAAGCUGGAAUCCCUGCAUGGCUGUGUACAGGCGUUGCUCCGGGAGCCAGCGCAGCCAGGGCUAUGGGAACAGCUUGGGCAGCUGUAUGAGUCAGAGCAUGACAGUGAGGAAGCCAUACGCUGCUACCAUAGCGCUCUUCGGUAUGGAGGAAGCUUUGCUGAGCUGGGGCCCCGCAUUGGCCGGCUGCAGCAGGCCCAGCUCUGGAACUUUCAUGCUGGCUCCUGCCAACACCGAGCCAAGGUCCUGCCCCCGCUGGAGCAAGUGUGGAACUUGCUGCACCUUGAGCACAAGCGAAACUAUGGCGCCAAGCGGGGAGGUCCUCCAGUGAAGCGAGCUGCUGAACCCCCAGUGGUGCAGCCUGUGCCUCCUGCAGCACUCUCAGGCCCCUCAGGGGAAGAGGGCCUCAGCCCUGGAGGCAAGCGCAGGAGAGGCUGCAGCUCUGAACAGACUGGCCUUCCCCCUGGGCUGCCACUGCCUCCACCACCAUUACCACCGCUGCCGCCACCACCCCCACCCCUCUCUGGCCUGCCUGCUAGCCCCCCGUUUCAGCUGACCAAGCCAGGGUUGUGGAGUACCCUGCAUGGAGAUACCUGGGGCCCUGAGCGCAAGGGUUCAGGACCCCCAGAGCGCCAGGAGCAGCGGCACUCGCUGCCUCACCCAUAUCCAUACCCAGCUCCAGCCUACACCAUGCAUCCCCCCAGCCACCGGCUGGUCCCAGCUGCACCCCUAGGCCCCGGUCCCCGCCCCCCAGGAGCAGAGAGCCAUGGCUGCCUGCCUACCACCCGUCCCCCUGGAAGUGACCUUAGAGAGAGCAGAGUUCAGAGGUCGCGGAUGGACUCCAGUGUUUCACCAGCAGCAACUACCGCCUGCGUGCCUUACGCCCCUUCCCGGCCCCCUGGCCUCCCUGGCAUCACCACCAGCAGCAGCAGCAGUAGCAGUAGCAGCAGCAGUAACACCGGUCUCCGGGGUGUGGAGUUGAGCCCAGGCCUUCCUGGUGCUGACCAUUACCAAACUCCCGCGCUGGAGGUCUCCCCUCACCAGGGCCGCCUGGGGCCCUUGGCACACAGCAGUCGGAAACCGUUUUUGGCGGCUCCUACUGCCGCUCCCCACCUGCCCCUGCUACCUGGGCCCCCCUCACCACCUCCACCCCACUGUCCUCGCCUCUUGCGACCCCCACCACCACCUUCCUGGCUGAAGGGCCCAGCCUGCCGGGGAGCCCGAGAAGAUGGAGAGAUCUUGGAGGAGCUCUUCUUUGGGGCUGAAGGACCCCCUCGCCCUCCCCCACCAUCCCUUCCCCCUCGUGAGGGCUUCGUGGGGCCUCCAGCUCCCCGCUUUUCUGUGGGCACUCAGGAUUCGCACACGCCUCCCACUCCCCCAACCACCAGCAGCAGCAGCAGCAGCAGCAGCAGCAGCAAGAACAACAACAACAGCGGCAGCCACAGCAGCAGCCCUACUGGGCCUGUGCCCUUCUCCCCACCUCCUUACCUGUCCAGAAGUAUAGAGCCCCUUCCCCGGCCACCCAGCCCAACCCUGAGCCCCCAGGGCCCCCCUCUGGCACCCUUGACCCUUGCCCUGCCUCCAGUUCCUCCCUCCUCCUGCCACCAAAAUACCUCAGGAAGCUUCAGGCGCUCGGAGAGCCCACGGCCCGGGGUCUCCUUCCCAAAGACCCCCGAGGUGGAGUCAGGGCCACUCCCAGGCCCCCUGAGUAAAGCCCCUCAGCCUGUGCCGCCUGGGGUUGGGGAACUGCCUGCCCGAGGCCCACAACUCUUUGAUUUUCCUCCAACCCCACUGGAGGACCAGUUCGAAGAGCCAGCCGAGUUUAAGAUCCUCCCUGAUGGGCUGGCGAACAUCAUGAAGAUGCUGGAUGAAUCCAUCCGAAAGGAGGAAGAACAGCAGCAGCAAGAGGCAGGAGUGGCCCCCCCACCCCCGCUGAAGGAACCCUUUGCAUCUCUGCAGCCUCCAUUCCCCAGCGACACAGCCCCAGCUACCACUGCUGCCACCACUACUGCCGACGCCACCACCACCAUCACUACUACCACCACUGCUGCCACCACCAUCGCCACUGCCAACGCCACCACCCAGGAAGAGGAGAAGAAGCCACCACCAGCCCUACCACCGCCGCCGCCUCUAGCCAAGUUCCCUCCACCCGUCCAGUCACAGCCAACACCACCCGUACCACCCUCGCCAGCCAGCCCGGCCAGCCUGCUCAAAUCCUUGGCCUGUGUGCUGGAAGGACAGAAGUACUGUUACCGGGGGAGUGGAGCAGCCGUUUCCGCCCGGCCUGGGCCCUUGCCCACCAGUCAGUAUUCCCCUGGCCCCCCAUCAGGUGCUACUGCCCCACCACCCACCUCAGUGGCCCCUAGUGCCCAGGGCUCCCCACAGCCCUCUGCUUCCUUGUCAUCUCAGUUUUCUACCUCAGGCGGGCCCUGGGCCCGGGAGCACAGGGCGGGUGAAGAGCCAGCCCCGGGCCCUGCGACCCCCACCCAGCCACCCCCACCCUUGCCACUGCCACCUGCUCGCUCUGAGUCUGAGGUGCUAGAAGAGAUCAGUCGGGCUUGUGAAACCCUGGUGGAGCGGGUGGGCCGGAGUGCCAUCGAUCCAGGAGACCCAGUGGACACAGCAGACCCAUUGGACAGUGUGGCUGAGCGACUGCUGCCUCCUGCACAGGUCAAGGAGGAGAGUGGUGGUGUGACGGCAGCAGGGCCAGGCAGUGGCAAGAGGUGCCAGAAGGAGCACCAGAAGGAGCACCGAAGGCACAGGCGGGCCUGUAAAGACAGUGUGGGUCGGCGGCCCCGAGAAGGAAGGGCAAAGGCCAAGACCCCCAAAGAAAAAAGCCGCCGGGUGCUGGGGAACCUGGACCUGCAAAGCAAGGAGAUCCAAGGUCGUGAGAAGGCCCGGCCUGAUCUUGGUGGGGCCUCCAAGGCCAAGCCACCUACAGCUCCUGCCCUUCCACCAGCUUCUGCCCCCUCUGCCCAGCCCACACCCCCUUCAGCCCCUGGGAAGAAGACUCGAGAGGAAGCUCCUGGGCCUCCGGGCGUCAGCCGUGCUGACAUGCUGAAGCUACGCUCACUUAGUGAGGGGCCCCCAAAGGAGCUAAAGAUCCGGCUCAUCAAGGUAGAGAGUGGUGACAAGGAGACCUUUAUUGCCUCUGAGGUAGAAGAACGUCGACUGCGUAUGGCAGACCUCACCAUCAGCCACUGUGCUGCUGAUGUCGUGCGUGCCAGCAAGAAUGCCAAGGUGAAAGGGAAAUUUCGAGAGUCCUACCUUUCUCCUGCCCAGUCUGUAAAACCGAAGAUCAAUACUGAGGAGAAGCUGCCUCGGGAAAAACUGAACCCCCCCACGCCCAGUAUCUAUCUGGAAAGCAAACGAGAUGCCUUCUCUCCGGUGCUGCUGCAGUUCUGUACAGACCCUCGAAACCCUAUCACCGUGAUCCGGGGUCUGGCAGGGUCCCUGCGGCUCAACCUGGGCCUCUUCUCCACCAAGACGCUGGUGGAGGCAAGUGGAGAACACACUGUGGAGGUGCGCACCCAGGUGCAGCAACCCUCAGAUGAGAACUGGGACCUGACCGGCACGCGGCAGAUCUGGCCUUGUGAGAGCUCCCGUUCCCACACCACCAUUGCCAAGUAUGCACAGUACCAGGCCUCGUCCUUCCAGGAGUCACUGCAGGAGGAGAAGGAGAGUGAGGAUGAGGAGUCAGAGGAGCCGGACAGCACCACAGGAACCCCUCCUAGCAGCAGCGCACCAGACCCGAAGAACCAUCACAUCAUCAAAUUUGGCACCAACAUCGACCUGUCUGAUGCUAAGCGGUGGAAGCCCCAGCUUCAGGAGCUGCUGAAGCUGCCUGCCUUCAUGCGGGUAACAUCCACAGGCAACAUGCUCAGCCACGUGGGCCACACCAUCCUGGGCAUGAACACUGUGCAGCUCUACAUGAAGGUUCCCGGCAGCCGAACGCCAGGCCACCAAGAGAACAACAAUUUCUGCUCUGUCAAUAUUAACAUUGGCCCAGGAGACUGUGAAUGGUUUGCAGUGCAUGAGCACUACUGGGAGACCAUCAGCGCCUUCUGUGAUCGGCAUGGUGUGGACUACUUGACAGGUUCUUGGUGGCCCAUCCUGGACGACCUCUAUGCUUCCAAUAUCCCUGUGUACCGCUUCGUGCAGCGCCCAGGAGACCUCGUGUGGAUUAACGCGGGGACUGUGCACUGGGUUCAGGCCACUGGCUGGUGCAACAAUAUUGCCUGGAACGUGGGGCCCCUCACUGCCUAUCAGUACCAGCUGGCCCUGGAACGAUAUGAGUGGAACGAGGUGAAGAACGUCAAAUCCAUUGUGCCCAUGAUUCAUGUGUCCUGGAACGUGGCUCGAACAGUCAAGAUCAGCGACCCCGACCUGUUCAAGAUGAUCAAAUUCUGCCUCCUGCAGUCCAUGAAGCACUGCCAGGUGCAACGAGAGAGCCUAGUGCGGGCAGGGAAAAAAAUCGCUUACCAGGGCCGGGUCAAGGACGAGCCUGCCUACUACUGCAAUGAAUGUGAUGUGGAGGUGUUCAAUAUCUUGUUCGUGACAAGUGAGAACGGCAGCCGAAAUACGUACCUGGUGCACUGCGAGGGCUGCGCGCGGCGCCGCAGCGCGGGCCUGCAGGGUGUGGUGGUGCUGGAGCAGUACCGUACCGAGGAGCUGGCGCAGGCCUACGACGCCUUCACGCUGGCCCCCGCCAGCACGUCGCGAUGAGGCCGGAUGCCCCGCCCCACAGGGCGAUGCAGGCCACCAGCACACGCCUGGGCUGGACCUAGGUCCCGCCUGUGGCCGGGAAGGGGGUCGGGCCCAGCCCUUCCACCCUGUUGGCAGCUCCCCUCGCUUAAUUUAUUAAGAAAAAAAAUUUUUUUAAGCAAGAGGAAAAAAAGGAAAAAAAAAAAAAAAAAAGGGAGACGGGGAGGGGGCCGGCAGCCCCUCGCCCACCAGUCCCUCCCCUCACCGACUUUGGCCUUUCUAGCAACAGACACAAGGACCAGGCUCCGGCGGCGGCGGGGGUCGCAUACGGGUUCCCUCACGCCUGCCCGCCGCCCGCCCGCCCGCCGGCUGGCGCAGAUGCACGCGGCUCGUGUAUGUACAUAGACUGUGGCAGCCGAGGUUUUUAAUGAGAUUCUUUCUAUGGGCUUUACCCCUCCCCAGAACCUCCCUUUUUUUACUUCCAAUGCUAGCUGUGACCCCUGUACGUGUCUGUUUAUUCACUUGGUUAUGAUUUGUAUUUUUGUUUUUUUGUUUUUGAUUUUUAAUUUAUAACAGUCCCACUCACCUCUAUUUAUUCAUUUUUGGGAAAACCCGACCUCCCGCACCCCUAAGCCAUCCUGCCCGGCCCUCCGGGACCGCCCGUCGCCGGGCUUUCCCUGAGCUCCAGUGUCCGCCCGGCCCGACCCGGCCGUCUCCGCCUGCCCGUCUGCCCGCGCCUCCAGCGGGCUCUCAUGGUGCUCAAACCCGCUCCCCUCCCCUACGUCCUGCACUUUCUCGGACCAGUCUCCCCAUUCCCGACCCAUCCCCGACUCUGCCUGAGGGUGAGCGACUCCUGUACUGUAGGGGAAGAAGUGGGAACUGAAAUGGUAUUUUGUAAAAAAUAAAUAAAUGAAUAAAUAAAUACAUUUAAAAGUUU